AUGUGGAGGCGAACAUACUUGCUCCUCUUAUUGAUUCGGGUCUACUUUGCGCUGAGCCCCAGCUACAUCCACCCCGAUGAGCAUUUCCAGGGCCUCGAGGUUGUCGCAGGCAGAAUUCUUUCAUACCCGUCGCGAUUACCAUGGGAGUUCACCUCUGAGCGCCCGAUCCGCAGCGUCUUUCCGCUAUGGCCGAUCUAUGACGUCCCGAUAAGCCUCCUGAAGUGGUUCUAUACCGAGACUGGGGAUGAAAGCCCACCAGCGGAGCUGGUUUACUAUGUUGUUCGCGGGGUCAUGUUCCUGUUGAGCUUCGUCUUGGAAGACUGGGCCGUGCACGAGUUGGUGCCUCUCCCGCGCCAUCGGCGAGUAGCUCUGGCGUUGGUGGCAUCCUCAUAUGUCACCUGGACUCAUCAGACGCACACAUUCUCCAACUCGCUCGAGACGCUGUUGGUUGCUUGGGGUCUAGUUCUGAUCAACCGUAUCAUUGAUAACAAGGUUCGAGAUCAGAAAUCUGUGGGGAAUCGACUGGCUAAUGGUGGUAACAGCGCCGCUCUUCUCUGUUCUCCUGCGCUGUUCUAUCAUUUAUCUGUGUGGCAGGCGUCUUCAACAGAAUUACAUUCCCAGCUUUCCUGGCCAUUCCAGGCCUUCAGUUGUUACCGCAUUUCUGGCGCAAUUCUCGUUGCUUAUCAGCUUGUGCGCAGACCGUUAUCCUUCUUGUCUAUCAUUAGCUUCAGUCUCAUCUUCUUCUGUAUUGCUGUCUUCAUCGACACGACGUUCUACAGACCGUCCGCAUCGUUCAGGGAUGUCUUGCGCUCGCCAAUAGUCACACCGCUUAAUAAUCUCCUCUACAACACGGACAACUCCAAUUUGGCUCUCCAUGGACUUCACCCUCACUAUAACCACUUUCUAGUUAAUCUGCCUCAGCUUCUUGGCCCUGCACUUGUGGCAAUGGUUGUGCAAGCCUAUAACCAGCGCUCCAUACCCUCCUGGAUGAAGAAUCUCCGCGCAGCCUCUGCAUUAUCAGCCACCGCGAUGCUGUCCAUUUUCCCUCACCAGGAACCUCGGUUCUUAAUACCUUGUGUGCCCCUGCUUCUCAGCUGCGUCCAAAUUCGCAAGUCGCGCCUAUUCUUGGCUGCUUGGGUCAUAUUCAAUGCAGCCCUGGGGUUUCUGAUGGGUAUAUAUCAUCAAGGAGGUGUCGUGCCCACGCAACUCGCGGUCCCAUCCAUCAUCUCGGCAACCACAGAGACGUGGCAUACGUCGCUAAAGCAACCGCGCUCUCUAACCGCUACUGUUGUAUGGUGGAAGACAUAUUCUCCGCCAUUGUGGCUACUGGGUGACAACUCUACCCUGCCUCUGGAUUUAAACAUCGAUACCCGAGACUUCAUGGGUAAGGCCGGGCCUGAAAUGCUUAGUGAGCUUGAAAAUUUGGUCCCUUCUUGUCCCUCAAAGCAGAAACGCGGCAGGUUUCUAGAAUCAGGUUCGGAACAACCUGAUGUUGUCUUCGUGGUCGCUCCCACAUCCGUCACCUUUCUAGAUCAGUUCAUGGCUCCGCAAACCUCUGAAUCGAGUCUGGAACUUCUUGAGCUGUGGACCUACAGAAAACAUAUUAGUCUGGAUGACCUGGACUUUGGCACCGAUGGCGUUCUGCCCACUUUGAAGCGGGUGAUUGGGCGACGCGGGCUAGGAGUUUGGCUUGCGCAACGACCCGAGUGCCGUGACAGCUAG